UCUAAUCUACGUUUGUGUUGGUUAUCGAGAUAUUAAAUUUAAUGGAUUGAAGGCGCACUUACUGUGCUGUAGGCUUUUAAAUAUAAGUGAUUAAAUAGAAGUGUUUAAAAUGAAUAGCGUUUCAGUCUUAAUAAAGGAGUCUAUUCCAAAUUAUUUAACUGGCUUGCCAAUACCAGAAUCCUUUGACGGAUGGUUUCGUUUAAGCUUUCGUGACUGGCUAGCUUUGUUGCCUCCUACACUAGCCAUAGGUGGUCUGUCAUAUGUAUCAUAUCAAACUGUGAAAAAAGCAAGACAAGGCAAUGGAAUGAUGAACCAUUCAAUACAGAAAGAUCAGCGAAUAGUUGUAGAUUUUAUAGAUAUUGAAGAUAUAUCAGAUAAAGCACCAUUGUGUAGGUGCUGGAAAAGUAAAAAGUUCCCUUAUUGUGAUGGCUACCACUAUGCACAUAACAUCAUGACUGGGGACAACACUGGACCUGUUUUAGUGGGAUAUAGGGAAGAAUUAAAAUAAAUAUUACAAGCAUAAUAGCCCUACAUUUGAGAUGAUCUUGUUGGUAUUGAGCAGUAUUUAUUUACACUAAGGAGUUAUCUUUAAAGCACUUAUAAUGUUAACUACCUUUUUAAAAUGUUCCAUAACAGUUGCCCGCGAC